UCUAGCGACCCACCGCUCCCUAAAGACCUCUACUACAUACCAAAUUUUGGCCAAGUGCGCACUCGGUAUCAGUUUGUCAUUUUCAAUUCGAUGAUCGGACUUAAUCCGCAGUAGAUCUAGUCUUAUCUGAUAAGGCACUAUCUGUUUGAUUUCCAUCGAAUCCAGCAGGUAUUCUGACGGCAUAAAAGCUUGGUACUAACCAUGCCCUUCUUUUCUCAUCCCCCGCAAUGUUGAAGAAAGAAGAGCUUGAUACCUCUCGCAAGAGCGUCACCAGCGAGGAUCGCGUUUCUCAUGACGGUUCAACUGAUAUUGCAGCCCAUACAGGUGUCGAAGCUGUUAAGGCUACCCACAAGGUGUAUGGCAAGUACUCGAGGUGGUGCCUCUUCAUCGGUAUUGGUUUAGCUUCGUAUAUAUACUCCCUCGAUAGUCAAACGACGUACUCGUACUUGGCAUUCGCGGCCUCAGCCCUCAAGGACCAUAGUUUGAUCAGUACCAUCCAAACCGCUCAGGCUAUCAUCGUCGCAUGCGGUAAGCCUGUGAUUGCAAAAGUUGCGGACGUUUCGUCCCGAGGAUUUGCCUAUGUCUUCGUUUUGGUGUUCUAUGUUGUCGGAUACAUCGUCAUCGCUUCGGCCCAAAAUAUCCAGACAGUUGCAGGAGGGAUCAUACUUUACGCCAUCGGAUACACAGGUCUUCAGCUCCUUACUUCCAUCAUUAUCGCUGAUAUCACUACCCUCCAAUGGCGUGGAUUCGCUGUUGGAAUGACUUCCAUGCCAUUUAUCAUCAACGCUUUCAUUGGAAGCAACGUAAGCACUCAGGUGCUCGACGGUGCCGGCUGGCGUUGGGGAUAUGGGAUGUUUGCAAUUCUGAUUCCCGUGUCUCUGUCCCCACUUAUUAUCACCCUUGUUUGGGCUGAGCGAAAGGCUAAGAGGCUCGGAUUGGUCCCGGAGAAACCCAAGUCUGAUAAAUCCUUCUUGGAGCAAACCCUUGAAGUCAUAUCCCAACUUGAUGUUGUAGGAUUGGUGCUCAUCGGUACCAGCGUUGCACUUAUCCUGCUCCCCUUGACUCUUGCUCCGAGUGCCUCCGGAGGAUGGAAUAAUCCUUCGAUGAUUGCAAUGCUCGUCAUUGGCUGUGUUCUCUUCCCUGCUGUAGGACCUUGGGAGUUCAAGUUUGCGAAAUACCCUGUGAUCCCAUUGAGGUUCAUCACAAAUUUCACAGUCGUCGGCGCAAGUUUGAUCGGUUUCUUUGAUUAUAUUUCAUUCUACCUCACUUACGUCUAUUUGUACUCCUUCGUCAUCGUCGUUAAGCCAUGGUCUCUCAUCAAUGCUACCUACUUCAUUCAAACACAAUCCGUCGGCCUGACGUUCUUCGGUAUCCUGUGUGGCCUCGCCAUGAGGUUCCUACAUCGUUACAAACUUCUCCUUGUUGUUGGUCUUGCCAUUCGGCUACUUGGAGUUGGUCUCAUGAUCCACUCCCGUGGCGCGAACGGCUCUGACGUUGAGAUCGUCUGGACUCAAAUCAUCCAGAGUAUGGGUGGCGGUAUGUCUGCCAUUACCAUCCAGACGGCCGCCCAGGCGUCUGUUUCCCACAAGGAUGUCGCUACCGUCACCGCCAUAGUACUGUUGCUCACAGAAAUCGGGGGUGCUAUUGGAGACGCGGUUGCCGGUGCAAUCUGGACGAACCUGAUGCCCAGAAAACUGUUGAAAUACCUCCCGGACGUUUCACAGGAGGAACGUGAUGCUCUGUACUCCUCUAUCACGUCUGUGACUGCUUAUGCACGCGGUACGGAAAUUCGGGAAGGUGUUAUCUCAGCUUAUGGAGACGUCAUGAAGAUCAUGCUCAUCGUGGCCACUGUCAUGAGCGUUAUCCCUCUCGCUAUUUCGCUCUUUAUGCCAGACUGGCAUUUGGGUGAGAAGCAAAAUGCUGUAGAUGAAGAAGAUUUGGCUGGCGAGGUCGACCAUAAUGAUGCGGCUGAAAGCCGAGCUUAAUGAAGUUUUAAUACUUCUUUUGGUAGUCCUAUGGUUGGCUACGGUUAUUUCUAAUGAAAGUUCACGCCUUGAUUUAAUUUCUUCUGAAA